AUGAAAACCUGCCGUCCGAUCCUCUUCGUCCUAUUCGCCAUCGCAGCUGGAGAAGCCCUCCCCCCUGAUGCAGUUCCUGUCAUGUGUGCCGCCAUCUGCGGGCCAAUAGUCGAGCUGAGUUCGAUGUGCAGCCCAAAGAGGUCAUUAGAAGGUGUUGAAAGCCAUCAUUCGGAUCGAAGAGCGCGCCUCAGACAGGCCAGAAGGCAAAACGAGAAUCCAUUCGACGAAACAGAUCGAAUCGAGAAGCGCUUCUCGGUCAUCGUUCCAGCACCGACGACUUUUCCUCCUGAUUUGCUAGCUGGACAGUAUCCGCCAGCCUCGCCCCCGGUGCCAGAGAUCUCAACGCCAUUGUCACAAUCACCAGCGCCUGUACCUCCACAAUAUUACUCUCCUCCAACUCAUCCAACUACACCUAAUUACCUGCCUCCACCAACUCCUCAACCAGCUCUUCAAUCCCCCACAUCAUCUUCAGCAUGGAAUAUUCAGCCACCCUCGAGUCUCUUCACGACUAGGACAGCAACGAGUGCAUCUACAACUUCUAAGCAUCAAACAUCAAUACGUCCGACCAUGAUAGGCUUGAGUGUGGACGAUGGUGAUUUGACUGGUGGGUGGGGAGAGACGGAAAACGCAGAAGAGAAAUGUGUGUGUUCAAACACCAGCUUUAAUGUGGCAGAGAUUGCUGGAUUGUGCGCGAGCUGCAUAAGUAUGAAGGCGGAUACACAAAAUAAUAUGGAUGUCAUCAUGUCUCAACAUCUGGGUCAAGGCUACCAGACCGACAGCUACAAGCAGGUCAAAUGGAGCUUCUCGAUCGACUGGACUUGUAAAAUUGGUAUCGGUAUUCAGUGCAGCGAGCUUCGCCAUCGCGGCAUUAAUGAUGUUAUGACAUGA